CCCGCUGCCCUGGAGACAAUAUAAAACAGGUCGGAACCCUCCUGCCUGACCACUCAGUUCAUCUCUAGAGGCAGCUGCUCCAGGAACAGAGGUGCCAUGCAGCCCCGGGUACUCCUUGUUGCUGCCUUCCUGGCACUCCUGGCCUCUGCCCGAGCUUCGGAGGCCGAGGACACCUCCCUUCUCAGCUUCAUGCAGGACUACAUGCAGCACGCCACCGAGACCGCCAAAGACGCGCUGACCAAAGUGCAGGAGUCCCAGGUGGCCCAGCAGGCCAGGGACUGGGUGACCGAUGGCUUCAGCUCCCUGAAAGACUACUGGAGCACGAUUAAGGGCAAGUUCUCUGGGUUCUGGGAUUCAAACCCUGAGAUCACAAUUCCGGCCGAGGGUGUCUGAGACCUCAACUCCCCAAGUCAACCUGCCUGCCCAUCCUGCCAGCUCCUUGGGUCCUGCAGUCUCCAGGCUGCCCCCAUAGGUUGCUUAAAAGGGACAAUACUCUCAAUGCCCUCCCACCCCCCUCAUGCCUGGCCCCAUCCAGGCAUGCUGUCCUCCCAAUAAAGCUGGACAAGAAGCUACUAUGA